CAGAACCGAUGUGCACCAAACAAUUCUGCACUUUCAACAUUAUUAUUUAUUUCUAUUGAAUCUCCAGUGAAGUGUCAACCAUUUCACCUAUUCUAAUUGAAUGAAAAUUAACUCAUUACUUGUGGCUUGACAUUUCAAAAUGUUUAUUUACAUCCGAUGUAUUCCUCACAUUUUUCUCCUGAUGGGACUGUGCGAAUCGGUAUUCCUACCACCGCGAAUGCUCCAAGACCUGUGGAGACGAGCAAACGAGACAAUGGAUAAAUACGAUAGAACAGAGUCCGCAAUUUCGAUGUCGAGUACAAAGUUGAGGCACGGCUCACCUUCAUGGUACCUCGGGGCAUCACACGAGAUGACAGAGGCAGCACAUAAUUUAUCCAGACAAGCACUCAGAAGCGAGACAAUGGCAAUUAUGCUAGUUGAAGCACUGGACAUGUCCCCGAGGGAUGCUGUAUCACUGCUACCAGCCAUGUCCUUGACCCCAGACCUAUGCCAUCACACGGGGAAUGUCUUCACCAGAACUGCCAGUCAAUGCAAAAAAUUUAAUCCCAAAUACAGAACGCACACUGGUACAUGCAAUAAUCCAUCGCAUCCGAAUUGGGGAGCAGCUCUAGAGGCUUACAGUCGAAUUCUUCCACCAGAGUAUCAAGACGGGGUUUCCUUACCCAAAACUAGCUUUCCGAGUGCUCGUCAGGUCUCCAUGAGUGUUCACUCAGGUGGUCAUGACUCCAGGCAUCCCUUCCUCAUGGCUAUGACUGCACUUUUUGGACAAUUCGUCGCUCAUGAUCUUGCUCAUACCCCCAAGAUACAGUUCAGCAAUGGCGAGAGACUCAAGUGCUGCGAUGUCGACUUUGAUUAUUUCCAUCCCGAGUGCUUUCCCAUCAGGGCUGAUAGUCCUCUUGGAUGCAUGGAGUACUCCAGGUCUGCGAUACAUCCUGGAAAUAAUCAGGGCUGUAAGCUGGGCCCCAGACAGCAGAUGAAUCAAGCCACUUCCUAUCUGGAUUUAUCUCCAAUCUAUGGGAGCUCUGAGGAAACUUCUCGCAGUCUUCGCUCAGGCAAGACUGGUUUGCUGAAGACUCAGCGAAAAAAUCUGCCGAUGCCAUCGGCCAACUCUAAAGACUGCAGGACUCGUGAUAAAGCUCUGCCUUGCUUCUCCAGUGGUGAUUAUCGGAUCAAUGAGCAUCCGGGAAUAGCUAUGAUGCAUGUAUUAUUCCUGAGGGAGCACAACAGAAUUGCUGGACAAUUAGCUGAGCUCAAUCCACUCUGGGAUGAUGAGAGACUUUAUCAAGAGGCCCGAAGAAUCGUUAUCGCGGAGAUGCAGCACAUCACCUACGGGGAAUUUCUGCCAGCUGUUCUUGGCGAGAACAAUCUCCAGAGAUUCAAUUUACGACCAAUGAAAUUGGGUUUCUUCACGAAAUACGAUUCGAGAUUGGAUGGAACAGUCAGCAAUGCCGCAGCGUCUGCUGGAUUAUUUUUCAUAGCAGCUCUCACCCCGAAAACUCUAGAUCUCGUUGACUCGAGUACAUCAGAAAAAUCCGGAGAGAGAUCAUUAUAUUCGGCGUUUUACGCACCUCAGGAGCUGUACGAGGCCGGGGCCAUCGAUCGCCUCAUCGCUGGAGCCACCGCUGGGCAUUCGAGAAAGCCGUACCCCCCAAGUCUCAACGAGAUCUUCCUGGAGCGAUACUUCCACGAUGGAAAAACAAAUGAUGCCGCCGUGGAUUACGUAGCCCAGGUGAUCCAAGAAGGCAGAGAUCACGGUCUUCCUCCCUACAUUCGCUGGAGGGCAUUCUGCGAUAUGCCAGAUGUAAAAACCUUCAAAGAUCUCAGUGGUACCAUGUCGAAGGACACAAUCGAUAGAUUACAACGUGUCUACAGAAAUGUCGAGGAUAUCGACCUUGUGACUGGGGCCCUGUCUGAGGUCGCUGUGGAGGAUGCCGUAAUGGGGCCGACCUUUUUAUGUUUACUGGGACACACAUUCAGAAAUACUCGCCUAGGUGAUAGGUAUUGGUAUGAGAAUGACAGGACACCCGGUGCUUUCACCAUUAAUCAGCUCAAUGAAAUUCGAAGGAGUACUAUGGCGAAAAUUCUGUGUGAUAAUGGAGAUCGGCUCAAGAAGGUUCAGCCCAGAGCUUUUCUGCUCAAGGAUCCAUUUCUGAACGAAAUGACCGACUGCACAAUGUACCAAAGUGGAGGUAUGAACCUGUCCGUGUGGAAAGAAUACCGUAAUUAGAAGUGAAAAGAGAUAAUUGUCCUGUAAGCCUGAGAGAAAAAAAAACAGCCGGAAGCAUCUAAUUCCAGGACUUCUUCUCACAUGAAACUGUACAUUCUGAGAAAAACUAAAAGUCCCUCCGGAAAAUCUUCCGAGGCAUUAAAAAAAUCGUCAGUUCCGGAUUGCCAGCAGAAUUUUAUGACUUAAAUAACAGUCUCUCUUAAACAUCCAUAAUUACUGAAUUGCUUAAAAAAUUAUCGAACUCCAUAAAUCAAUUUUAAUUUGGUCAUUACAAUGACACGUCAUAUUACAGUUUUGAUUUUUCGAGUGUUGAACACAUGAUUCUAUUUCUUCAACUGACGAUUAUUUAAUUCCUCCCAAAAUUUAUUUAAAAAUCCGACUAGUGAGGCAAUACGUAGUUAUUUAAAUCGAAGAAUUACUCGAGACGAAAGAAAUAAUCGAAGACAAAGGGAUAAUCGUAAUUUGUCGAAUAUGUGUAAUUGCAAAUUUCUAUAGAUGAGUGGAGAAAAGGAGAGAAUGAACGUCAGAAGGGAAUUGACCUUUUGAACCACAGGUUGACUGCGUAACACUCGUUACCAUUUGCAAGGAGCUAAUAAGUAUUGAGAGUCAUGUGAUGCCAAGAGAAGAGGCACUUCAAGGGGCCACUCCACAGCAAUUUAUUGUUAUGAAACAAACACGUACCGAUCGUUAACACAAUUGCAACCUCCAAUUGGAUUAAAUCAUAUUUAAUUUUUUAUUACGUACACUCCAAUGUAAUUGAAGAUGAGUGCCAGAGCAAUUAUUGGCUAUUCACCUUGAAAAAUAUUUGUAUAAU